AUGAUGAUGAAGAAGAGUAACCAGGAGGAAUAUUCUCUACAUAUGGACACAAAACUGAAAGACAUCAGGCAAGGACUUCUCAGACACCAGAGAGCCCACACAGGACAAUAUCGUUUUUCCUGUUCAGAAUGCGGAAAAUGUUUCGAUGAUAGAACAAAGCUCCUUAGACACCACAGAAUGCACACAGGCGAACGUCCUUUUUCCUGCUCAGAGUGUGGGAAACGUUUUGCUCAGAAAGAAAACCUUGUUAUACACCAGAGAAUUCACACAGGUGAACGUCCUUUUUCCUGUUCAGAGUGUGGAAAACGUUUCAUUGAGAAAAGGAUACUUAUUAGACACCAGAAACUCCACACAGGUGAGCGUCCUUUUUCCUGCUCAGAGUGUGGUAAACGUUACACAGAAAACGGACGGCUUCUAAGACACCAAAGAAUUCACACAGCUGAAUUUCUGGUUUCCUGUUCAGAGUGUGGGAAAAGUUUCAUUGACAAAGGAAGACUGCUUAAACAUCAGAGAAUUCACACAGAAGUGCGUCCUUUUACAUGUUUAGAGUGUGGAAAGGGUUUUGCUCUGCAGAUGGACCUUUUUCAACAUCAAAAAAUUCACACAGGUGAACAACCUUUUUCCUGUUCAGAGUGCGGGAAACGUUUCCGUGAGAAAGCACAACUUUGUAAACACCAGAGAAUUCACACAGGUGAACGUCCUUUUUCCUGUUUAGAGUGUGGGAAAAGUUACAUUGACAAAGGAAAACUUCGUACACACCAGAGAAUUCACACCGGUGAGCACUGUUUUUUCUGCUCAGAGUGUGGAAAACGUUUCACCCAGAAGAGGGACUUUAUUAUGCACCAAAGAAGUCACACAGGUGAACGUCCUUUUUCUUGUUCAGAGUGUGAGAAAAGUUUUACUGAUAAAAGAACACUAAAUAGACACCAGAGAAUUCACACAGAUGAGCGUCCUUUUUCUUGUUCAGAUUGUGGGAAGUCUUUCACUGGCAAAGGAAAACUUCUUAGUCAUCAGAAAAUCCACUCAAGUAAGUAUUCUUUUUCCUGUUCAGAGUGUGGGAAAUGUUACGCUGAGAAGGCAAAGCUUCUUAGACAUCAGAGAGUACACACAGGUGAGAACUGUUUUGUCUGUCCAGAGUGUGGAAAACGCUUCACCGAGAAUGGGGAGUUUAUUAUACACCAAAGAAUUCAUACAGGUGAACGUCCUUUUUCUUGUUCAGAGUGUGGCAAAACUUUCACUGAUAAAAGAGUACUUAAUAGACACCAGAAACUUCACUCUGCUGAAUGACCGGUUUCCUGUUCGGAAGGCGGGAAAAGUCUUUGU